AUGUCCACAGCUGUAGUAGUACCCAAUGGCAAUCAUCUCACCAACGGUCAUGCCAAUGGAUUCAAGUCAUCUGCAGCCAAAUCUCGUGGUGCUCUGAAAAGACUAAAGGCAAAGGCAAAGGCCAAAGCAGGUUCGGCCACACCCAGCGAAGCCGGCACAGAAUCUGAGCGGGAAAGUGAUACCGAAUCCAUCACAUCCACUUCGACUGCCGCCACUUCAAUCGAGGUUCCGUCUCUCGAUCCAUCCGAUCCAAACUAUGCUCAGUUCGCCAAUAUCUUCGCCCACUUCCAGGAAGAUGGUCAAACUGUGGAGGAAGCGGUCCUAGCUGGACCAAAAAAAGGAGAUGUGUACUACUCUGAUGAGGAAGACGAGGAUGAGGAGACUCGGCAAAAGGCGGCAGCCAGAGCGGCAGAAUUUGAGGGGAUGACUAGGCGUGAGAGACGUAAAGCUGCUAAACUUACAGUCUCCGAGUUGAAGCAACUGGUGGAUAGGCCCGAAGUCGUAGAGUGGUUCGACCCAGACGCUCGGGACCCGAGAUUGCUCGUCAGUCUAAAGUCUUAUCGCAACUCUGUACCUGUCCCAGUGCAUUGGAAUGCCAAACGAGACUACCUCGCAGGAAAGCGAGGUAUCGAGAAACCACCUUAUCUGUUGCCGCCUUGGAUUGCAGACACGGGCAUUGGCGAGAUGAGGGACGCUGUCAAGGCCAAGGAGGCUGCGCAGAGUCUGGCACAGAAGACGAGAGAACGGGUUCAACCAAAAAUGGGCAAAAUCGACAUCGAUUAUCAAAAGCUACAUGAUGCGUUUUUCAAGUUUCAGCAAAAGCCAAGUAUGAGCAAGUUUGGCGAGGCAUACUACGAGGGUAAAGAACUCGAAACAGAUCUUCGGACCAAGAAACCAGGAGAAUUAUCGUCCGAGUUGAUCGAAGCGCUUUCGAUCCCACCUUUGGCUCCUCCACCUUGGCUGAUUGCCAUGCAGAGAUUUGGACCUCCGCCCAGCUAUCCCAAUCUGCGCAUCAAAGGCCUGAACGCGCCUAUUCCGCCGGGCGCUCAAUGGGGGUUUCACCCUGGUGGCUGGGGAAAACCACCCAUGGACGAUUUCAACCGGCCUUUAUAUGGAGACGUCUUUGGUGUCAUGCAAGGCGCGGAGAUCGCUCAUCAAAAUGAAAUUGACAGGGCUUUGUGGGGUGAAAUAGAAGUCAUGGAGGAAGAAGACGAGGAUGAGGAAGAGGAAGAAGAGGAGGAGGAAGAGGCAGUUCCUGCACGUGGACCAUCGAGCGGUAAAGCGCCGGACGAUGGACUUCAAACUCCCUCCGGUCUCGCCACACCUUCUGGGUUUCACAGUGUCGUGUCGACUGUUCCCGGUGGUCUCGAGACGCCCGAUUUCAUUGAGCUACGCAAGAAUUCCCGAGCAGAGAGUGAAGACGUGGGGCCAAGUGGUCCGAAAGAACUGUACCAGGUCAUACCCGAACGAGAAACCAGUGCUAGAGGAUUCCUUGGGAGUACCACGGCUUAUGAUUUCUCGACCGUUGGCAAGGGAGCUGCCGGCUCAUCGGCGCCUGUGUUGGGAGACGAACGUAGCCAUAAGCGCAAGGCAGGCGAUGUGGACAUUUCGGUCAAUGUGGACGAAGACCUCACCCCUGCUCAACUGAAGGAACGAUACGAAUCAUCGCGUGCACAAGUAGAUCGCGUCCAUGUGCCUGGUGCCGACGUCGACAGGAGCGGUUUCGACGAUGUCGUCAAGGAUCAAAUGAAAAAGCGGGCCAAGGUGCAAGAGAAGAAGGACAAGGGGAGAAAAGAGGAUAGAUACAAGUUCUGAAGGGUCAGUCUUUCGGUUCUGUAUUUGACGGCCGUGAGGGUUUUGAUCUAGCAAGAGGUUAUGCAGCCUUUACUUGGUCCC